UCCGAGCACACCGUCUACGGAGAACUACCGUCGCUUCGUUGUGCGUUUAUUCUGUUAUUCGGAAGGAGAAAAAAAUACACCUAUUGCCGUAUUACCGUAUUACACGUACACCCCGACACCGGUAUAUUUGUACACAUGUAUAAUAUGUACAGCUUAGACUGCAUUAGACGGUUAUCUUUCACCGUCGACGCAUUAUUCGUAUAGGACUGUCUCGAAAUAUCACGAGAAUCAGCCCGCAGCGCGGUCGAGAGUUACGAGUUGAACGGAUUGUGAACGUCUAUUACAGUGAUGCAGUGCGAAUGGACACAGUGAUUUUAGUUUUGGUGAAUUUCUUAACAUGUCAUAAUAGUUUAACCAGUGCAGACGAUUAUACGUUGGUUACUAUUUUUCAGCGACAUUCGUCUUUUCGCCCGAUAUUUCACUCCGAUUUAUUAAAAAUUCAUAUAAUUAUUAUCGAAGAAACUGUUUCAAAAACGGCUACAAAAUUGAGCUCGAUUUACACCAACGGGCUGCCGGCCAUUUCAUGAGGGCCGGCGGCGCGAUGUGCGACGGAGCUUUCUCCGAGACGCUUCGUGGGAUGCAGGGAAUGUCGGGAGCUUCGCCUCCCGGCGGAGCCGGCGGUGGACCGAUGGCAAUUACCAUGGGGAGCCCGAUGAACGCGGCGAACAAGAAAAUUCAGGAGGACCACAUAAAGAGGCCGAUGAACGCUUUCAUGGUCUGGUCUCGGCUACAGCGGCGAAAGAUCGCCCAGGAGAACCCGAAGAUGCACAACAGCGAGAUCUCCAAGAGGCUAGGGGCAGAAUGGAAGCUUCUCACCGAAGACGAGAAACGCCCGUUCAUCGACGAGGCCAAAAGGCUCCGGGCUAUGCACAUGAAGGAACAUCCAGACUACAAAUAUCGACCCAGAAGAAAGCCGAAAACCCUCAGGAAGGAAGGCUACCCCUACAGCAUCCCUUACCCAAGUGUGCCAAUGGACGCCCUCAGAGCUGGAAUGGCCGGUGGUAUGGGACAGGCGAGUAUGGGGUCUUAUUACGGCCCCGCAGCAGCUUACGGCACAUUAUCUGCCGCCAGUAUGGCAGCCGCUGCAGCGGCUGCAGCCCAGCAAUCCGCUGCCGCAAUGUCUGCAGGUCUCUCGGCACCUGCACAGGUGGUCAGCUCCAUGGACGCCAUGAAGUAUUCGAUGGAGGCCGACAAAUACAGAGCCGCCUACAUGCCGCCGAGCACACUGACGAUGAGCAUGUACUCGGAUCCGAAGUACCUCGACUCCAGUCCAAAAUCAUACCUGGAUCGGGGCUACCUUGACUCGGCAAUGACAAAGGCUUACUUCGAGUCCUCGAAAAUGUACAUGGACCAGAAGUCGAUGAGCGGCGUCGAAUACAACAGGCCGAGCUACGAGCCGAACAAGCUUUACGAGGAGUCGAGCCCUGGGGGGCCGGGAAGAUCGCCGGCGGAGUCGCCCGACAUGAGCAAGCAGACCGGCGGCGAGAGAACCGAACAGGGCUCGUCCAGCGCCAGCUCGACCUCGACUUCCUCCGCGGCGAGUCCCGGCGGCCUGAACAGCUACUAUCCGGGAUCCAGGCAGCCGGGGCUGCUGCCCCCGCAGAUGGGACAGUACCCUGGUUACCAGGUGCCCCCCGCACCGGGAAACGACUUUCCGCGACCGCUGGCGGUCAUCUUCUGACCCGACAGAGUCUAGCCCGUGUAUUGGUGAGGAGUGAGAGGCGACGCGAGGUUGUCGCUCUCUGCGGAAUCCCGCUUCUAACGGCGACGAGUCGGCGAUUUAAUAAUCAUCGUUUCUCACAUCCGCGAGGGGAUUCCGCGUGGGAUUGUUGAAAAUUGUACAUAUAUUACGCGGGCGCGACACGCGCGACACGCGAGAACACUAAUUGCUACACCUAUUACGCUAGGAUAGAUUUCUUGCUUGUAAAUAGCCGAUCAGUUUGUAUUACACACGUAGGCGAUUCCGUAUUUCCCUGCUCUUGGUUUCGAAGAACCAGUAACUGCACAAAUUUUAAGUAUGCAAUAGACGUAUACGUUUACUAGGGGGGCUUCGGCCCCCUGCGAGUUUCGCGCGCCAACCCUCAUUUUCGACUUUUCACGGACACUUCGUCGUUAUAUACAAAUUUUAAAUAUACAAUACAUGUAUACAGGCGUACACACACGAGCGCGCGCGCACAUAUAUGUAUGAAUAUAGCUUUGUAUUUAAUCAACGGGACCCGAGGUCCUAAUCUGUAAAUAGAUGUUGAGUAGUUGAAGUAUCAAAUGGACGGAUUCACCGAUGGAAAUUAUGUAAGGGAAAAUGAGACGGAAACGGAAUCGAAGUAGAAGGCAGUGAAGGGAAAAAAAUUAGGAAACCGGUGAAUUGAUUUAAAUUUUGAAUAAGUAUGUAUUCUAAAGACACUUCAAGGUGCGUCUUGCUCUGCAUAAAAAGAAUAAUCGAACAAGAUUCUACAUAUGCCUGAUACCAAUAUCGGUAUUGCCGAGCGAGUAAUACAAAAAUUGUCUCUGCGUUUAUCGGAUAAGAAAUAAAAUGUUUGAAACCUGUUCGUAACAAUCGCGAAAAUGCAGCAAUUUGCGCAGGGCAUAUCCUCGAAUGAUUAAAG